AUGGCACUCUGUUCAGCUCCGCAGACGAGAGGAAUCAACAUGGGCGAUUGUGGGUCGAUCCCAUCCUCUCCUGUAAAUGUCCCUUCUCUCGAGGCCUACAUGCCGGUCACCAUCAGAUACCCAAGGAACCACUUACUCGGGAUUCCCCAAGAACUUCGCGACACUAUUAUGGGCCUAGUCCCUCUGACCAAGCGAGCCAUUGGUUCUCGACCUUCGACUGGGUGCGAGAUCUUCCAUUUCGUCUGCCGCCAGACCUAUCACGAAUCAAGCAGACUCUUCAAUACCCAGGUCACCGUACUUGCGCCAUCGAAUCGUGUGGAUGAAUUCCUCAAGAGAUCGUUGAAUAUCAAUACAAUUAGGAGCAAUACUUACCAGAGCAUCCUCAGCCUAUUUCUCGAAAUUGCCCACGACAGCCACAGCACGGUCUUCCUCCAGCUAGGCGAGGUUUUGAGGCGUUCAAGUCAACUUGAAGAGCUGCACCUGUUCGGGGUCGGAGCAGAUGGCUAUGGGGUCAAGACUAGUUCUGCUGCUUACCCUUGUGGCAAACACGGUAUUUCGAUCUGGCCACCAGUCCGUAAGUUACCAAUCGAUGGACAGCAAUACAAACGUCGCCUAGCUCCAGUCAACAACAUUCCAUGGCUGGGGAGGCUGAGGGUUCUGGUUCUGGAUAACCUCAACCUUCCUUUGACUCAAUCGCAUGUCCUCAAAAACAAACCACAGCUGGAAACGCUACAUAUCGCAGCAGACCCACGGACCGUCUUGCAUGGGGAGUACUGGGCUAGACCGGAGUCUACAGUUGGCAACCUCAUCUUCCCCGCGUACGAGAGCCCUCCCAUCAAGGAACUUCGGGUCGAUUCCAAUUCCGUUCUUAGUGCGAGUAAGAUCAUCGUCAAAACGUCUACGACUCUGGAAAGUCUUGACUUAGUGAUCCCCGAUAUGGUAUUCCAAAUACAUCUGAACAAAAUCAACUUCUAUCAGGAGGCCAGUACUCUUCUGCACAGACUCCCCAUGGACGCUAAACAAUUACGGGAACUCAGGAUUUGUGUUCAUGAGACUGUCUCUGAAGAAAAACAUUACUACGCCAACUUCAUGGGAGCCCUCAAGGACUGCGUCUCACGUAUGCAAUCUCUUCAACUCAUUGAACUUCAUAUGCAUUCCGACUCGCCCUGGUUUGCUCGAGAACUCAUUGAAGCAGUACCUCCAUCCGUCACUCGACUUUACCUUUCGCACCUCUUCGUUGAGCGAGACAUACAAGACCUCUCGGGAUUCAUUAGUGUGAAAACUGAGACGCCUUUGCUGUGCGAGCUCGAGGACGCUUACGCCAUCGGAGAAGAUCUUCAGAGAAAGGAUCACAUCAAAUUCAGCGGUAAUCGCCUAGCCUUCGUGGGUUACGAGCACAAUUGUCUUGUCCGAGCGAGUUCUGCGAAUUUGCAAGAGAAAGCUAUAGCCAACUUUCUCAAGCUUAAUGGCAGAUUGUUGGACAAAGAACGAAACCGACACCUGGCUCAUCUGGGAGGCAGCCACAUACCAUUCAAGAAGAGCGGCGUCAUAGGACACCCAGAAACCGGCGAGGCAACCUCGAAGUUCUCAUUCGAACUACCUCCACGUACGCAAGCAAAAGUUGAGAAGUAUCGCAAAGCCCUGGACAAGUGCGGCUUGGGUGACAAUGAAUACUUUGGGAACGAAGACUUGGCAGCGUAUGUCUUUGAGGGCGAGACUGCGGCUAAAGGUGGCCACUACAGCUAUCCGGCGGUUGUGGAGGUUGAGAAUGAGUCCAAGUUUUCCAACCACUGGCUAAGCAAGUGA